AUGUUACCACAGCCAAAGACCUUGUUGAACUUGGUGCAUCGUCUGCUUAUAGUUGCGUUGGGUGCUUUGGUGUGCGUAGGCGCUGGGACUGGUCGUAAAGCUGUUCACGAUGUCAUGAGUCUCGGUGCAAUGUUAACUAUCUUCACUUUCCACAUCGCGACAGCCAGAAAAAUGGACCAAACAACGCUGAUGAGGUUACUAUUGGAUCUGUUUGCGCUGCUGUACAUAGUAAACGGCUUUAGCCACGCCAUUUUGGUAAGUGGUGCUCUUGUAGCGGGAUCUUUCAUGGGCGAUGCCAAACUGGCAUCCGUUGUUAGUCCAGGCAAGACACGCGUGGGUGCGAUUGCUGGGGUCCUGUCGAGUAUCGUUACAGUCCUGGUCAUGUUUGCACUACCACAGCUCACAAUCCCGUUACCAGCAAUUGGACAGUGGACACAUGAGCUGUUGCCUUCACCAGAGAUAGUGCCUCUUACUCAUCAGAUUUUACUCGGUAUAGUGGUUGGUGUUCUGUGCAUAUUAGGAGAUCUGGUAGAGUCGUUUGUGAAGCGCGUUGCCGGAGUAAAGGACUCAGGAUCGUUCUUUCCAGGCCACGGUGGCUGUCUUGAUCGCUUGGAUAGCGUCUUAUUGGUCGCGCCGUUCGUGUAUUUCUACAGUCAUUAUUUUUUGUCAAAGCCCACGUAG